UCCUUGUCUGGAGCUCUUAAUGGAGGGAGGGGAGCAGAUGCCAUAGACGAUGAUGAUGCUGGUGAUGGCUUGCUUGACACUCUCAGAGGUGGGAGAGGACCAUUGGUCAUGGAUGAUGAUGGUAUUUCCCUGCUUGGAGGUCUGACUGGAGGGAGUGGAAAGUUUGCUGUUGCUGCCUCCGCUUGCUUACAUGGAGCACUCACCUAAGGAUCAUUGUGGGACUAUCUGCUUUGCAGUCUGCUCUAACGUACAUCUGUCCUGUCUGGUUGGGCGCUCCCCACAGUUUGGAGUGUCUGUACAUGGAAUAUGAAGAGGAUGAUGACAUUUCCUUUGCAAAAUGGAUGAGCAGUUUCUGGGGUCACAGCUUGAUUGAUGAGAAUGAGAAAGAGGGUAGAGGCUACAGGAAACGACAGACGCGAGCCUUUAGUGAAAGGAGAGCCUCCCUUCCAGCCAAGCUUUCAUCCAUCCAUAUGACAAGACUUCAUGCAUCUACCAAAACCCCAUCUUCAAGCCACUUGAGGGGCUGCAAGGAAUUUCAAGAGGGCCAAGAUGUUAAAUGCCAUUGUCACAUGAAGGCAUGCAAAAUAUCCUCACCAGAUGGCUCAGGUUCAACAAGUAGAUCAGACUCGAUCCAGGAAUUUUCAGAAUCCUUUGAGAAGCAACUGCAUUUCAAAAUCAAGCGCUCAGUUUCUUUGGAUGAAGAUUCGGAUCCGUGUGUUAUUUGUCAUGAUGAUCUCGAGAAUGGCAGUAUAGUGGAACUUCACUGCAUGCACAGCUUUCACAAAGAGUGUAUUGAAAAGUGGCUGCUAAAGAAACCAACCUGCCCAACUUGUCGCAUCCAUGUGCUCAUGUCAAACUCUAUUUUAGACCUUCAUCAACCAGGAUGAAAAGGGAGCUCAGAAGGACUCCAUAGAGGACUCAUUCAAAGCUCCAUUUCACUUAGAGAAGAAAAAACAAAAAAGAAUUGUCAUGCCUUAGAUCACAGGGUACAAGGUAGUUAUAACAAGUAUAGCUUUUUUUAAUGUUAGAAAUCAACUUUAAAGAUCAAAAAUGACUUAAAUGAAAACCAACUAACAUAUUCUGCCUGUGCAUGCCACUGCAACAUGAGAAUGUUUGUGGGAAAAGAGUGAAAAAAAAUAUUUGUUUUUACAAUUGUACAGACAACUGUAAAUAAAAAUCACACAUU